GGCGGGGCCGCGGGAAGCUGUGCGCCGGGCUCUGGCGGGAAAGGGUCUGGACUAAGUGGUCUGGAAUUGGUCAUAGCGGUCGCUAUGUUUUUCUCCGAGGCUGGGGCCCGGCGGCAGACGUGGGAAGUUAGCCCCUCGGAACACAGGAAGUGGGUGGAAGUAUUUAAAGCAUGCGAUGAAGAUAAUAAAGGCUACCUAAGCAGAGAGGACUUUAAAGUUGCUUUUGUAAUGCUGUUUGGGUACAAGCCCUCCAAGAUAGAAGCAGAUUCCGUGAUGUCUUCAAUAAAUUCCAGCACUUCCGGCGUAUCACUUGAGGAAUUUUUAAAUAUCGUAAGGAAAAAGAAGGAAGUCCAACUAUAUCGGAAUGAGAUAAGACACAUCUUCACAGCUUUUGACGUGCACUAUCGUGGAUUUUUAACUUUGGAAGAUUUCAAAAGAGCAUUCAGGCAGGUGGCUCCCAAAUUACCUGAAAGGACUGUUCUCGAGGUAUUCAGGGAAGUAGAUCAAGACUCAGAUGGUCACAUCAGCUUUAGAGACUUCGAAUAUGCUAUGAAGAAUGGACAAAACGAAGCCCAGUCGUCGAGAUCUACUUUUGGCAAUUCUGGGGAGAGCUAUAAAUUGUAACGUAUUUAAAGGUCAAACAGACCUUGGCCUAGUGACUCUGUGAUCUGCAUACUUGUGAUUAAACUCUUGAUCAUAGUUUUUGGAUGCUGAUAACAUACUUGGUCCCAGAGUCCCAGAGGUGGGGAGUACCAGUCUCUCUCAAUGUGCCUAGCAGCCCUGAGUCAGGUGCCGCUGGGCCCUGCCACUCAGCCAUCCCCCGCCCCCUUGCCACUCCACACUGCAGGUCGCCAUGUUCCACGCACUUGCUCCACACCCAGUUCUCACCACCACCAGGUCCCUGGUUCCUGUCAGCUCCUAAGGUGGCAGUGGGCAGCUUUUCCCCACCAGUGGUGCCCGUUGCCUUCAUUCAUUGCACUUUGGUUGAAUGAGUAAUUGCAUCAAUGCGUCCCCCUUGCCUACUGUGUUCCAAGCACUGAGUGAGGCAGUAGGAAAACAAAGAUGUCAGACGUCUCCAAGUUAAUGUACCCAGAGUCCAAAUCAUCACUGCACUGGUGCUGGCUGCGCAAGGCACACCAGAUGGGGCUUCCACAAGGUGGUCCUGUCCCACAUCAUGCGCAGGGAGAAGAGCACACACCAAGGGUCCUGGGGACUAAAGAUGUGUUCUUAGAUGCUCUUUGGGUGGCCUGAGCCUGGGCUUCCUGAUACAGAGAAGCAAAAUCUGGGUUGCCCAGUUGCCCCAGUUAUAUGCUUCUGGUUCCGGUGGUUCUGCCCUGCACCCAGAGCCUCAGCCACCCUGGGUUCAGUCUCCAUGCCCUCCCAUCCCCCUGGGCUCCAGGGAUGUCAUCCUGGAGCAAAACCUGCAACACUGGACAUACAGCAUUUAUUUAAAAUAAUUCAGAAACAUCGGUAUCAAUACUAAUAUUUUAUUUGUUCCUAGAAUUCACUACAUUAAUAACAUUUGUAAAACAAAUAAUUCAUAUUCUUAAAAAUAAUUCAUAUUUUUAAAGUAUUAAAUAAUUAAAGUUCAGGUAAAAUGUAGAUUCAUAAAACAGAAACAUUAAACAAGUUUCAUUCUCAUACAAUUAUUUGUGGAUAACCUUAAUAGAGUUUUAAAUUGUGAUAAUCCAGAGAAGCCUAAGGAAGCAUGACAGCUGAGGGUAAUUUGGUAUUCUGCAUGGGGUCCUGGAAUGGAACAAGGACAUUAGGUAAAAACAAGUCAAGUAUGGACUUUAGCCACUAUUAAUGUGUUGAUGUCAGUUCAUUAGUAGUGAUAAAUGUAUCAAACUCAUAAAAUGUUAGUAAUGGGAAACUGGGUGAGGGUGUGUGGGAACUCUACCAUUUUCUCAAAUUUUCUAUGAAUCAAAAAUCAUUCCAAAAAUUGAAAGUUUGUUAAAAACAAGACUUAUUCAAAAAUUAAUAAGCCAAACUUUACCUAAAAUGAAGAAAUAUUGAAAAUCAUCAAGCAGUACAAAUGAAAUAUUAUUUCAAAAACAAAAUGGAUCAAUGGAAUCAUUGAGUAGCACAUAUGUUUUUGUACAAAUUGUCCCAGUCAAAGAAAAAGUCUUUCUGACUUUGGGUAGAAUUUUGUUCAGCAAGUAUUUUCAUCACAAAUUGAAUAAUUGAGUCAUUUAUCCUGAUCUCAAAACAUAAAUUACAUAGAUUUUUAGAUUUCUAAAAUAGGAAAAAGUUAAAACAUGCUAGCAAAGUGCCAUCAUUUCAGUAAUUGCCAGAAUUCCACAGCCUUGUGCUAUAGGCACUCUCUGGACCUCAUUUCUUCCAGGACACAUAACAAGGGAAAGGGAGGCAAAAGGCCAGGUUGGGAAAAGCUCUUGGGCAACUCCCUUGACCCUGGACUAGUCAAGACUCUUUUUGUUCUUAAUGAAAGAAAACUUCCCAAACUAGUCUAGACUAUAAGGGAAUUUACUAGAAAACACUGGCCUAGCUUAUGGAACCAACAGGGACAGGACAGGAUGCAGCUGGGUUUCUAGGUGACCAGACCCAACAUCACCCACAUCUCCAGACCCUACCUUGCUCCCAUAGUUCCUGACAGCCUCACACCAUUCUAGAAAGGAAUCAGCCUAUGAUCCAUCCAGUUCCAAGUCCAGAGACCCCAGAAAGAGGCUCUGGUUGGCCCCCUGCAUCAGUCCACUCUGGUUCACACCAGGGCUAUGGACAUAGCCAGUAGUGACUCAGCAGGUAUAUCCGGGGCUGGUCCUAAGAGAGGGGAAGUUGAUAAUAUCUGGGCAGCCAUUCGGUUUUCUUUAUUAGGGAAAGACAAUGUAACUGAGGCCUCUUCUGGAAGGGAGAAUACCCCUUGGAUUUGCUCCUUAGGAGGAUCCAGGCUCUCAGAGCAAAGACAGAAGAAGAGGGAGAAUGAGAAGCUGCUCAUGUCACCUUCCUGUCCUUAUUGCUUGUCCUAGGCCCAAACCACAUCAUCAUCCAGUGAGCUCUUCUCCCAGUAUCUCACUUCCAGGUCCCAGACCCUAUUUGUGUCCUCAGUUCACAUGAUCCUGCCUGUGCCAUGUGACAUUCUUGGUCUGACUUCAGUUGAUGGCCCAAGGGUGGGCAUCUAUUCCAACUGGUCAACUCAGCCCCUGCCCUUGGAGGACACAGAGUGAGAGUAUGUGAGGGCUCCUGAGUGGGGACUGUGGCUCAGGAGCACAUGGUGGUGUUUGUCCCACACGGCCUGGGAAACAAAGGCAGCUGUUUUCACAAUGAGAGCAGAGAAAAAAAAAAAAAAGACACCAAGAGGGGAGCGAGACAGAAAGGAGACAGAGCAGCCUGUGGUGCCUGGUUUCUGGUCAGACUUGUGCACAGGAUCCAGUCAUAACCC